AUGGCCUCAAACUUGCCCAUCGACUUUUCACAUCCUUCUGUCAAGGAAUAUGUGCCUCAUGCAUGCAAGGCGCUUAUCAGACUGCAAGUCCUAACACCUCUAUCGACAUUGGUGCACAUUGCGACCAUCCUCGCCACGCAGUUUAUCGUGAGCCCCUCAUUGAGCAAGAUCACAAAAGAGUACCACCAUACGUCUAUUACGCCAUCGACUUCACUUCUGGGUGUAUAUCUAUUGAUCCUCUGGGGCCUACAAAUAGGCUAUUGCUUCCUCAUCGUCAUUGCCUGGAGUGAAGACACCAAAAAAGCGAUUGUCCAUGGGACCGGAAUGACUCUCGUAUUCACUAAUUGGGUGAUGGCUGCAUACGCUGUCGCCUUGUCGACGCAGAGCUUCAUACCUGCCACGGUCCUAAUCUCAUUGGUCGUCUUAUUCCUUAUUUUCAUCAAUCUUCGCCUCUUCUUCUACUAUCCGGUCACUUGGACGCAGCCAUUUGAUUAUCUACUCCUCCAUGCCCCGGCUCGCCUCUUCCUGUUAGUGGCCGGCACCCUAUUCCUACCGCUCACAGUGUUUAUGGCAAUCGGACACGACUGGUCACUUGCCAGAGAUGAUCUGAGUUACCCAUGGGAAGGGUUCGCAGUCAUCGCCACCAUGGGCGUCCUAGGGGUAGUCAUCGCCGGUUGGCGGAGAGACCUCGUUUGGACGAUUGGGACCAUGUGGUUGCUGUGGUGCAUUGGUGGACUAAAGCCCAAGUCCACCCCAGUGAUGACUGGGAUCAUUGUCUUUAGUGUCGCCAUUCCGCUCGUGUUCAUGGCAUCUCUCAUCCUGUCUGUGAUCUAUGGAAGACGAGAGGAAGGGAGGAUCAGGCUCGAGGACGAAGAGACGAUUCGAGCACCACCGUCGGCAACCAGGACUCGCCCAGGACAAGGCGAUAAUCAUGAAGUAGGAGACGACGUGUGGGGGUGA